CUUUGCGCCGGCGGCGGUGGCGGCUGUGGGGGCUGGGCGGAGCGCCGCUGUGCGGGGCGGCCGGGCUGGCGGCGGCCGGGAGCCGCAGGCGGGUGCGAGACGGAGCGCACCGGGGCCAGGACGGCGGAACGGCUGCGGGGAUCCCGGGAGCGUGGAGCUGGAAACACUGAGUUUGGGGAAUUGUUGACUACCUGGGCACAGGAACACCGAGGAACCUGAAAACAGGUCUAUUAAGAAUCUGUCAUCUCGAAAAAUGUAUUUUAUGAAUGUUUUCCAUUAAGAAGGUGUCAACAGAGGUUUGUGAUUUUUGCCACAUAAGAGACUCUAAUUUGAAACAGUUCCCUGGCUGCGGUCUGAUGUCUGAAACUGGCAAGAACUAGGCUCUGGGCUCGGAAUGCUCAUCCUUCAGCGAGAGAGACACAGCGCUACCUACAUCCUGUCUAAAUGCAAUCUCUCUGGUGCCACUUAACAUAAUGGAUGGCUUUUCUGCAUCUCGUUUUCAGAUAGAGCACUGAGGCUUGCAGUGCUGUGGGGGCGUUUUCUACAGAUCCAAGCACUGGCUCUUCUCUUCUGUUUUCCAGAUGUGUUUUCUCAUUUGUGUACUUGAAGCAUCUACCAUCACAUGAACUCCAGAUUGAGCCAUAGAGUUCUGUGACCCCCCCCCCCCCCCAAAAAAAAAAGAUCCAGGAAUGGUGUUGCCCAGCUUCGGGACAAGCCAUUUUUACAUCCUGCUUGGCAAUUAAAUAAAUAUAUCCCUUGCUAAUUAAGGCUAUGGAACCAAAUAAAGACAUGCACAUUCCUUUGCCGAAUGAACUCUGAGACUGUUGAAUUUCACUGUAACUGGCCAUUCUCAGUGAACUCACAUAGAAGUUAUGCCCAAAUGGAGGUGAAGCCUUUGGUUUUGUAUCCGGAUCCUAGCCCACACUGAAGAUAUAAACAAACAAAACAAAACCUAUUAUGACUAAUCCUUGGGAAGAGAAAGCCUGCAAAAUGGCCCAAACAAGUCUCCUGCAAGGGAAGCAGUUUUACUGUCGGGAAUGGGUUUUCCAUAAACUCCAGCACUGCCUCCAGGAGAAGUCAACCUGCUGUUCCAGUACAGCCAAUGCUCAGUCCCUCACCGGGAAUGCUGGGAAUAAUGCUAGUGCCAUCUCUGGAAAGGGGGCCUCCUGGGGCGUGUUGCUGGUAGGAGGGCCUGGCAGUGGGAAGACAGCCCUGUGCACUGAGCUCCUGUGGCCAAGUUCACCCGCCAGCCUGCAAAGAGGCCUGCAUCGCCAGGCGUUGGCCUUCCACUUCUGCAAAGCCCAGGACUCGGACACCCUGUGCGUCGGAGGGUUUAUCAGAGGUCUGGUAGCCCAGAUCUGCCAAAGUGGACUCCUCCAAGGUUAUGAGGACAAGCUAAGAGAUCCAGCCGUCCAAAGUCUCCUAGAGCCCGGAGAGUGUGAGAGGAACCCAGCGGAAGCAUUUAAAAGGUGUGUGCUGCUCCCACUCCUGGGGAUGAAGCCACCCCCGCAGAGCCUCUACCUGUUGGUUGACUCCGUGGAUGAAGGCUGCAAUGUGGUGGAAGGGGAGCAGACGUCACCCAGCCUCUCCGGGACUGUCGCAGAGCUCUUGGCUGGUCACCACGAGUUCUUUCCCCCAUGGCUCCUGCUUCUCUGCUCUGCCCGAAAGCAGAGCAGAGCUGUCACUAAAAUGUUCACUGGCUUCCGGAAGAUCAGUUUGGAUGACCUCCGGAAGGCAUACAUUGUCAAGGACGUACAGCAGUACAUCCUCCACCGCCUGGACCAAGAGGAGGCGCUGCGCCAGCACCUCACCAAGGAGACGGCCGAGACGCUGAACCAGCUGCACAUCAAGAGCAGUGGGUGCUUCUUGUAUCUGGAGCGUGUGCUGGAUGGAGUCGUGGAGAACUUCAUCAUGCUUCGGGAGAUCCGCGACAUCCCGGGAACUCUGAAUGGUCUCUACCUCUGGCUCUGCCAGAGACUUUUUGUCCGAAAACAGUUUGCCAAAGUUCAGCCCAUUCUGAACGUGAUCCUUGCUGCCUGCCGGCCCCUGACCAUGACAGAAUUAUACCAUGCUGUGUGGACCAAAAAUAUGUCUCUAACCUUGGAAGACUUUCAGCGCAAGCUAGACGUCCUCUCCAAGCUCUUGGUGGAUGGGUUGGGCAGCACCAAGAUCCUGUUUCACCACAGCUUUGCCGAGUGGCUAUUGGAUGUGAAGCACUGCACCCAAAAAUACCUGUGUAAUGCUGCAGAAGGACACAGGAUGCUGGCCAUGAGCUACACCUGCCAGGCCCGGAACCUGACCCCCCUGGAAGCACAAGAAUUUGCCUUGCACUUGAUUAAUUCAAACUUGCAGCUGGAGCCAGCCGAACUGGCUCUGUGGAUGAUAUGGAAUGGUACCCCAGUCAAAGACUCCCUGUCCACCUUGAUACCCAAGGAGCAAGAGGUGCUGCAGCUGCUGAUCCGAGCUGGUGCUCAUGUCAACAGCGAGGAUGAUCGCACCUCCUGCAUUGUCCGGCAAGCCCUGGAGAGAGAGGACUCCAUUCGGACUUUACUGGAUAAUGGAGCCUCUGUCAAUCAGUGUGAUUCCAAUGGGAGAACUCUGCUGGCCAACGCCGCAUACAGUGGCAGUCUGGAUGUUGUGAAUUUGCUUGUCUCCAGGGGAGCUGAUUUAGAGAUUGAAGACGCCCAUGGACACACACCACUCACUCUAGCUGCUAGACAAGGGCACACAAAGGUGGUUAACUGUCUUAUUGGGUGUGGAGCCAACAUUAAUCAUACAGAUCAGGAUGGUUGGACAGCACUGAGGUCUGCUGCUUGGGGGGGCCACACUGAGGUGGUGUCUGCCCUGCUUUACGCUGGCGUAAAGGUAGACUGUGCAGAUGCAGACAGCCGGACUGCUCUGCGUGCAGCAGCCUGGGGUGGCCACGAGGACAUCGUCCUGAACCUGCUACAACAUGGUGCCGAGGUCAACAAAGCGGACAAUGAGGGGCGGACUGCACUCAUAGCUGCAGCAUAUAUGGGCCACAGAGAGAUUGUAGAGCACCUGCUGGACCAUGGCGCAGAGGUGAACCACGAGGACGUGGAUGGCAGGACGGCUCUCUCUGUGGCCGCGCUCUGUGUGCCUGCAAGCAAGGGGCAUGCGUCAGUCGUGAGCCUCCUGAUUGAUCGAGGUGCUGAGGUAGAUCACUGUGACAAAGAUGGCAUGACGCCCCUGCUGGUGGCCGCCUAUGAAGGCCAUGUGGAUGUGGUGGACCUGCUUCUAGAAGGAGGAGCAGAUGUCGAUCACACCGAUAACAACGGGCGCACACCCCUUCUGGCCGCAGCUUCCAUGGGGCAUGCGUCCGUGGUCAACACGCUUCUGUUCUGGGGCGCAGCUGUGGACAGCAUCGACAGUGAAGGCCGGACAGUUCUCAGCAUAGCUUCGGCACAGGGGAAUGUGGAGGUGGUGCGCACUCUCCUGGACAGAGGCUUGGACGAGAGCCACCGAGAUGAUGCUGGCUGGACGCCGCUACACAUGGCAGCUUUUGAGGGUCACAGGUUAAUAUGUGAAGCGCUCAUUGAGCAAGGUGCUAGAACAAACGAGAUUGACAAUGAUGGGCGCAUCCCCUUCAUUUUGGCCGCCCAAGAGGGCCAUUAUGAUUGUGUCCAGAUCCUGCUGGAGAACAAAUCCAACAUUGAUCAGAGAGGCUAUGAUGGGAGAAAUGCAUUGCGUGUUGCUGCCCUGGAAGGACACCGAGACAUCGUGGAGUUACUCUUUAGCCAUGGGGCUGAUGUGAACUACAAAGAUGCUGAUGGGCGCCCCACACUCUAUAUUCUGGCCUUAGAAAACCAGCUCACAAUGGCCGAGUAUUUUUUGGAAAAUGGUGCAAACGUGGAGGCCAGUGAUGCGGAGGGAAGGACAGCGCUGCACGUCUCCUGCUGGCAGGGCCACGUGGAGAUGGUGCGGGUACUCAUUGCCUGCCACGCUGAUGUCAACGCAGCAGACAAUGAGAAGCGCUCAGCAUUGCAGUCCGCGGCCUGGCAGGGCCAUGUCAAAGUGGUCCAGCUUCUGAUAGAGCAUGGUGCCGUGGUGGACCACACGUGCAACCAAGGAGCCACAGCCCUCUGCAUCGCAGCCCAGGAGGGGCAUGUGGACGCCGUGCAGGUUCUGCUGGAGCACGGUGCUGAUCCCAACCAUGCCGACCAAUUUGGACGCACUGCCAUGAGGGUGGCAGCCAAAAACGGGCAUUCUCAGAUCAUUAAGUUGUUAGAGAAAUACGGUGCUUCCAGUCUGAAUGGCUGCUCCCCUUCCCCUGUCCACACGAUGGAGCAGAAGCCUCCACAGUCGGCACCGUCCAAGAUGCAGUCUCUGACCAUCAGGUCCAACAGCUCUGGUGGCACUGGUGGAGGGGAUCUGCAGCCUUCCCUCCGGGGCUUGCCCAAUGGGCCAGCUCAUGCCUUCAGCUCUCCGUCAGAGUCUCCAGACUCGACCGUGGAUCGGCAGAAGUCGUCCCUGUCCAACAAUUCUCUGAAAAGCUCAAAAAAUUCAUCUCUGAGAACGACGUCCUCCACGGCCACAGCUCAGACGGUGCCCAUUGACAGUUUCCACAGCCUGUCCUUCACGGAGCAGAUCCAGCAGCACUCGCUGCCUCGCAGCAGGAGCAGGCAGUCGGUCGUGUCCCCCUCUUCCACAACCCAGUCCUUAGGACACAGCCAUAAUUCUCCCAGUAGCGAGUUUGAAUGGAGCCAGGUGAAACCAAGUCUGAAGUCAACAAAAUCAAAUAAAGGAGGCAAGUCAGAAAACUCGAGCAAGUCUGGGUCAGGUGGGAAAAAAGCUAAACAAAAUAAUUCCUCACAGCCAAAGGUUCUAGAAUAUGAAAUGACUCAGUUUGACAAAAGAGGACCUGUCGCCAAGUCUGGGAGUAGCCCUCCUAAACAGACGCCAGCUGAAUCUCAGUGCAAAAUCGUGGUCCCUUCAUCUCAGGACAGCAGCCGUGCCCAGCCACAGUUUCUCAUCCACCAGCAGAGCGGUGAGCAGAAGAGGAGGAAUGGGAUAAUGACGAACCCCAACUACCAUCUGCAGAGCAACCAGGUGUUCCUGGGCAGGGUCUCUGUCCCUCGAACUGUGCAGGAACGAGGGCAUCAGGAGGUGCUGGAGGGCUUCCCUCCCUCGGAGACAGAACUAAACCUUAAACAAGCUCUGAAGCUGCAGAUUGAGGGCUCUGACCCCAGCUUCAACUACAAGAAGGAGACACCCUUGUGAGAGUUUCCAGUGUAUGAAACAGAAGGCAUUGUGGUUGGAACAGCCCUUCAGCUGCCAAGUGGAAGCCAGCCACCUAAGGCUGUGCUGCGAGACUGGGACUCCCCGCAGUUCUGUAUUCUGACUUCCUGUCGUGUGCCUACCCAGUAAGGCUGCCCUUCUCAGCAUAGCCCCCAUGCUGAAGCAGUCUCCACCACACCGAAUAAAUGCAGAUGUAAACUGCAGUUCCUCAAUACAACCAAACCUGGUUUUGAGUAUUUUCCCAUUUGGUAAACGUGCAUGUGCCACGGUCAGGUGUCUCCGCAAAGGCAGUGUUCCGUAUUUAUUGUUUUCUGCGUUUUCGUGUGUACUCAGUCCCAUUGCAUUGUCUGGUGUGCCUGGUUCUUGUGUAUUUAAUAGAUGUUACUCAAUAAAGCAAUUCUUGCAACUGUUUUCUGUCCGUUAACCUUCAGCAUUGGAUAAAAAUGAGUGUCUGUGUUGAGGCCACAUGGAGGUGAAAAAUGACUUUGUGGUGAAUUUUCCAUGGGGAUCAAUUCUGGUGGUGUAGAGAGUCACUUGGGUAGUUAACUCUCUAUUUUUCCAAUCAAGGACGUCUGUGGCAGACUUAAUGUGACAGAGCAGGCACCCGCCAACCACUCCAACUGCAGCUACUCUGUGCACUCACAGAGGCUCUGAGCCAUCUUCUACCUGCCUGUCAUCCCAUCUGCAAGUAGAUGGACCAUCAUCCUGAAAUUUGGACAUUCUCAGGGACAGAGCAGUCAGUGCCUGGGGGCACGUGUCAGACAGAGGCUCUAAGACCAGCCAAGGAUGACACUCUGAUUCCUGAAUCAUUCACCGGCUGCCUUCAACUCCUCCAGCUAAAUGAAAUGUAAUCGAUCAUUGUAAUUGAAUGCUCACCGCUCUGAGCUGUUUCCACUUGCCAGUUACUGCAUGAUCAAAUUAGCCCCAGUCAGAAGCAAUUGGGUACAUGUGAAUGGCUUGGUGGAAUGGAUGUUCUCGAAUGUACGGUGUGCUGUCUAUCUCAAGUGAUACCACUAACUGCCAGUCACAGCACAUGUGGUUAUUUGAUAGAAGUGAUGGGCCUGCACUUUUCUAGCCACAAACUCUUUUCCUGUUUUCUUCUUUGCACAGUUGCACACAAGAUGUCUGGAUGUCAUGGUUAAGGGAGGCUUGUGGAGCAGCUUAGAUGGAUGUGUGCAAGCAUUUGGCAGGACUAUUCAGAAGCCAAGGACAGUUUGAUCCUUGAGUGAGUCCUGUUCAUCUCCCCAGCCUUGGGGACGGACUCUGUGGUCUACCUGCUGUUGCUAAGGGGAAAUGGGGAAAGAGAAUUUGGAAAUUGAGCACAAAACCAUUGCUACUACUGAAAACUUUGGAAUGUUCCGGUGAGAGGCCAGUGAUGGUCAUUGCUUGUAGAGGGCACAAGGAGUGUGUUUGUGGAAUCUCUGAUGUGUAAUUGCUUACAAUGAGUGUUUCUCACUUGAGUCUUUGUGGAAGCUUUCCCUUGCCUUGUCUAUUUCAGUGUCAGCCAAACUCAUUUCCUGUGUGUCAUCUGUCAGUUAUAACCAGGAUGAGGGACAGCUGAUGAGCUCACUCAGACUUAAGGUGACGGGCGGUUGAUACUGACAAGGCAAAUGUGAAUGUUCCAAGGAUUGAAUUCUUGUCCCCAUGGGACAUUGAUUAGUGACACUUAACAGGACUCUUGGAAGGCAGCCUUAAAAGUGUUUCUGAAUCUGUUGAUAAGUGUGAUCACACCCUGUUACUGGAACCAGUGUGAGUCCUCACACACUUAGACACAUUUACCGUAGAAGAGGAGCCUCUGACUUCUUAGUAGGUGUAUUUUUUUU